GUUAGUUCUUGUAUAAAAAAAACACUUGCUGAACGAGUCAGAGUGGGUUUAGCCUUUUAUUUCUUUACAUGACAAUCUAUUCUUUAUACAUUAUCAACAAAGCUGGUGGUCUUGUUUACCAAAAGGAUUUUACCCAAAACCUGGAAAAGCUAUCAAGUAAUGAAUACUUAGUCUUGGCCGGUACUUUUCACGGUGUCCACGCCAUUACCUCCAAAAUUUCCCCACUCCAUAACUCUUCGGGUGUAGAAAUGUUGGAAGCUGAAAAUUUCAAAUUGUAUUGUAAUCAAACAUUAACAGGCACGAAGUUUCUGUUAAUAACAGCAAUCCAACAAAACAACGUGGACGCAUACAUGAAGAAAAUCUAUGACACAUAUAGUGAUUUUGUGAUGAAGAAUCCUUUCCAUACCCCCGAGAUGCCUAUUCGUUCGGAUCAAUUUGACCAAUCUUUGCUCAAGUUUAUUAACGUAGCCGGAGCAUCCUAAAUAUAGAUCCAAAUAAUAAAACAUACAUCUCGUUUGUAAGCGUCAUGUCAACAGUCGAUAUAAACCGC